AUGGCCCCCGCCAAACGAAAAACCGCUUCCACUCCCUCCGUGGCGAACAAGCGAACCGCCGCCGCGACCGCUUCCGCAAACAAAGUCACCAAAGCCUCUGCGCAAAAGGUCAAACCCCUUACGGCUCGGCAAAAAGCCGCCCUGGCCCGCGCCGCGCUAGCAGAGAGUUCCGGCAACGUCACCGCGACUCCCUCUACCGUUGGAAAAGCGACUCGCACAAGUGGAAGGGGGAAGCGCGCCGCCGCCGCCGCUACCAUUGUAGAAGAGGAAGAGAUGGAGUCUACCGAGCACACCGAGACGAUUGUGGAGGAGGAGCAUGGGGAAGAGGAUACGACCAUGCAUGAUGUUACUGCUACCGAGGAAGUGGAGGAGGCACCGAAGGAAACGACGACAAGGGCGACGAGGGGGAGGCCGAGGAAGGCUGCAGCGGUUGCUGUUGCGGAGACGCCGGUGUCGGUGACGGCCACGGCGACAAGGGGUGGAAGGGGGAGGAAGAAGAAGGUGGAGGAGAUGGUGGUGGUGGAGGAAGAUGAGACGACGCAGCAGGAAGAGGUGACGGAGGAGAUACAUGAGGAGACUCAGUUGGAGGAGGAGGAAUCGUUGCCGAUUCCGGGGGCGUGGCAUAACGGGCCCCCAGCGAGCACAUCUAGGAAGUCGUCUUCGUUGGGGCUGGGGUUUAAGGCACAUAUGGCUGGGGCAAGGACUGACGACCCAGAGCUACGGCGGAAGUUGGGCGAGAUGACGCAGAAGUAUGAGGCGUUAGAGUUGAAGUAUAGGGAUCUGAGAGAGGUUGCGGUAAAGGAGGCGGAGAGGAACUUUGAUCGGUUGAGGAAGCAAUCCGAGGAGAGGACGGCUGCCUCCGACCAGCUAAUCGCCGCCCUCAAAGCCGAGCUCAGCUCCCAAAAGGAAGCCGCCAGAGAGACCACCCGCCUCCAGAAACAGCUUGAAGCAUCCGAAUCCCAACUGUCAACCCUCAACGCCAAGGUUGCCGAGCUCAUCAGCUCCCUUACAAAAUCCAAGACGGAGAUCAACGCUCUCAACAUCAAGCUCACCGCCUCGCGUCAAGCCGAAGCCGCGGCGGCCGCCAAGAUUGGCCAACCCCAAGUCCCGGGCAGCGCCAUGAAGAACAAGCAGAACGGCAACCGCAUGCUCACAAUGGGCAACUCGGAAGCCAUCGCCCAAGCGACGCAGCAGCACCAGUUGAAGGAGGAUCUCUACUCGGAUCUGACCGGGUUGAUCGUCAGAGGAGUCAAGAGGGAUCAGCAGACGGGCGAGGAUGUGUACGAUUGUAUACAGACGGGGAAGAAUGGAACACUCCACUUCAAACUCGCACACAUCAGCGCCAACUCCCCCCACGUGGACGCGGAUGAGACGACCCAGUACUUUGACGAAGACCAGUUCCACUACAUGCCGCAGCUCGAUGCGAGCAGGGAUCGUGCGCUUAUCGAUUUGUUGCCGGAUUACCUGGUUGAGGAGAUUACUUUCCCCAGGCAGCAUGCGGCAAAGUUUUAUUCGAGGGUCAACAAGGCUUUGACGGAGACGGUACCGCAGGCGCAGUAG